AAAUAAAAAAAUACUCUGUUGAAAUAUAAUACUUAAAAUAAAUAUCUGCAUUGGACACGAGUGGCACGUUUUUUGUUUCUUGAAAGGGGGCGUGGUUUCAGGGCAGGAGCAGGAAGAAAGCGCAUAAAAGCCAGAGAGGACAUGCGCACUCAACACAUGCUCGGGAUAUUCUGGAAGAUAAACAGCGUCCACGAUGAGAGCCCAGUCCCUGUUGACGUUCUCCGCGGUUCUGGUUCUGGUCCCCAGCAAGUCCGCUGCCUUCCAGGGACAGUCCCCGCACGCAGAUAACUCCAACCAGAAUGACGCGCCGGCGCGUAAUUGCCAGCCGUCACCUCCCAUCAGCGGCUUCAUUUCCCGCGGGAUGACGCCGGCGGACGAGGUUCUGGAGUCCAGCCAGGAGGCGCUGCACGUAACGGAGCGUCGGUACCUGCGCCUGGACUGGUGCAAGACGCAGCCCCUCAAGCAGACCAUCCGCGAGGAAGGCUGCCUGAGCCGCGCCGUCAUCAACCGCUUCUGCUACGGCCAGUGCAACUCCUUCUACAUCCCCCGGCACGUUUACCGGGACGGGGACGCCUUCGAGUCCUGCUCGGCCUGCAAGCCCAAAAGCUUCAGCACGGUGACGUACACCCUCUUCUGCCCCGGACAGACUCCGGGGACCAGGAAGAAACGGGUGCAGCGCGUCAAGCAGUGCCGGUGCGCCACCAUAGGCACGGAUUCGUAACUUCACUCCAAAAACCUUGGAUUUUUAUUUCAUUUGAUUUUUUUUUUACUCUACAAGUCCAACCAACAAUGGACUAAAAACAUCUUAAUGUGGAUCAAAUUGGACAUAUCCAAUAUUAAUUUAUUGUUAUUUUAAAUAUAUAUAUUUUUUUGACAUUUAAUGGGGUUUUGUAAUAAUUGCUCAAAUAUUUUUUGAUAUGAACUAAAAUAAUGAAAAUUAUUUUGAAAAUCGUAAAUUAAAAUAAUUUGGUCAAUUCAUUUUUAUAUUAAAUUAAUACUAGUUAUAUUGAAUUAAAAAAUGUCGACAAUGGGGUUUUGCAAAAAUGUGUCAAAUGUUUUUGUAUUAUACAAAAAUUAUUAGUUAAUUUUUAAAAAUAUAUAAAAAAUAAUUGUAUCAAAAUGGACAUUCAGGUAUGUAUUACUUUGUAUCAUUAAGAUAUAAUACAAUAAUUGGGUGCAUACUAAAAUAUUUGGUAAAAAUUAACUUUCUUCAUCCAUCCAUUUCCUACCGCUUAUUCCCUUUGGGGUCACGGGGGGCGCUGGAGCCUAUAACUUUCUUCAUGUAUUCCUAAAAUGUUUUUAUUAAAAAAAAAAAAAAAUACUAGCUAUCCAUCAAUUUCUACUGCGUAUUCCCUUCGGGGGCCCGGGGGGCACUGGAGCCUAUCUAAGAUAAGUCAUAUUUAAUUCAAAAUAUGUUUACACUUAAUGUUUUAUUCUUUAUAUAAAUCGUUUUAAAAAUUUAGAAAAUUUGUAUUAAACCAAAGAUAAUUGUAAAAAAUUAAAUGAAAAACUAAUUAAAAUAAUUUGGAUCAAACUGAACAUAUUCCAAUAUGAAUGUAUUGUUACUUUAAAUUAAUACUAAUUUUAUAAAUUAAUACUAAUUAUAUAAAGCAUAUUGAAGUUUUUCUUUUUCUUUUUUUUUUUUUUUUUUACAUUUAAUGGAGUUGUGUAAUAUUUGCCCAAAUAUUUUUUGAUUUGAAUGAAAAUAAUUAAAAUUAUAUUGAAAUCGUAAAUUCAAAAUUUGGUCAAGUUGUACAUAUGAAUUUUUCUCAAUAGGAUUGGGUACAUCAUUAAGAUACUUAGCAAAAAAGUAACUUUAAUACAUUCAGAUUAACCCACGUUUUAAUUCAUUUUUUAAUUAAUUUUUGUAUUAAAUUAAUACUAGCUAUAUUGAAUUAAAAAUGUUGACAAUGGGGUUUUGUAGAAAUUGGUCAAAUAUUUUUUUGUAUUCAACAAAAAUGAUUAGCUAGAAUUCAACACAAAAUAUAAUAAAUAUAUCAAAUUGGACAUAUUCAGUUAUUAUUCAAAAUAUGUUUACAGUAAAUGUUUUAUUCUUUUUAGAAAUCGUUUUAAAAAUGUAGAAAUGUUGUAAUAAACUAAAAAAUAAUUUAAAAAAAUGUAAUACAAAAAAAUGAUUAAAAUAAUUUGGGUCAAAUUGAACAUAUUCACGGUUAGGUAUUUUUUUAAUAAUUAAGAUAGUACAAUAAUUGGGUGCAUACUAAAAUAUUUGUUAAAAUUAUUUCUAGUAAUACUUAUAUUUUUUUUAGCACUGUUGCAUCACAAAAUGUUAAAAAAAAAUCCAAAAUGUUUUUAUUUUUUAAAAAAAGAAUAAUACUAGCUAAAUAAAUCAUAUUUAAUUCAAAAUAUGUUUAUACUUAAUGUUUUAUUCUUUUUAGAAAUCGUUUUGAAAAUGUAGAAAUGUUGUAUUAAACUAAAAUGUAUUUUAAAAAAUUUACAAAACGAAUUAAAAUAAUUUGGAUACAAUUGAACAUAUUCACAGUUAGGUAUUAUUUUUCUCAUUAAGAUAAUGCAAAAUACUGUUUAAAAAUAAACAAUACUUGCAAAAUAACUUUUUUUUUUACAUAAUUGCAUCCAAAAUAUUAAAAUCAUCGGAAAUUACUUUAGAUAUUUUUUUCAUAUUAAAUUAAUACUAGUUACAUGAAUCGAAAACAAUUACACUUAAUGGGGUUUGUAGAAAUUGGUGAAAUAUUUUUUGCUAAUAGCUAGCUGACAAAUAGUACGGUAAUUACUAGCUGGCAACUGCAGUGCUAAUCGCUAGCUGACAACUAGAGCGCUAAUUUCUAGCUGGCAACUAGCGCGUUAAGUGCUAGCUAGCAAGUAGACCGCUAAUUUCUAGCUGGCAACUAGCGCGUUAAGUGCUAGCUAGCAAGUAGACCGCUAAUUUCUAGAUGCAACUAGUGGGCAAAUAUCUAGCUGGCAAUUAGAGUGCUAAACACUAGCUAGCAACUGCCGCGCUAAUCAUUAGCUGACAGCUAGAGCGCUAAUUUCUAGCUGGCAACUAGUGCGCUAAUCGCGAGCUGGAAUUUCGAGCGCAAAUUGUGAGCUGCUAAUUAGUGCUAGCUGGCAACUAGCACAGUAAUCCCGAGCCGGCAACUACAGCGCUAAUUGCUACCUGGCAACUAGUGCAAUAAAUGGCUAGCUAGCGACUAGAGUGCUAAUCGCUUGCUGGCAAUUAGACUGCUAAGUCGGCUAGGUUAGUUUUUGCCUCAUCCCUCACUGAAAGCAUGAGUGAAGAAUGCACCACCGACCUGAUGAAUCUGAAAGAGAAGGAGAUGAUGCGUUUAUUAUCUUGCUCACAGAUGCCACCCGGUGGUUGUUUGAGCACACUGCAGCUAGUCCCGAAGAGGAUAAAACACAAGUUACAACUCUGCCCCAAAUGGCAGCUCGAGCACUAAUCGCUAGCUGUCUUGAACGCUGACACCAACACAAUGUGGAGUUAAAAACUAAGAAGUGUCUAUAAAACCUAGUCUAUAAAAUCCGCUACACCUCCCUGAUACCGAAGUACAUAUCAAACUACUUCCUUAAUGUAAAUGACCGCCAUAACCACAACACCACAAACCACGUUAAACCCAGAUUCCGAUCUAACAAAGGUCUUAACUCAUUCUCCUUCUAUGCCACGUCAAUAUGGAAUGCACUCCCAACAGGUGUAAAAGAAAGGGCAUCUCUAUCCUCCUUCAAAACCGCACUAGAAGAACACCUCCAGGCAACUUCAAGCCUAGACUAACACCCUCCCCCUUCCGCAUCCCACCUCCCCGGAUUGUAAUUAACCAAAUGUAAAUAAUCAAAUGUAUUUCUAAUGUAUUGUUCUUAUGCUUUCUGAGCUCACUAUGUCCAUGACUACUGUACAUAUCCUACCAAGUUAGACCUACACUGUUACAAUGUCCAUUUCUCUGAUGAUGCAAUUGUUGAUGACUGAAGUGCUGAUAUCAACCAACCCUCCUCAUCCCACACCCCGGAUUGUAAAUAAUGUAAAUAAUUCAAUGUAUAUACUCUGAUGAUUAACUUGUGUGAUGACUGUAUUAUGCUGAUAGUAUAUAUUUGUACCAUGAAUUGAUUAACGUGGACCCCGACUUAAACAAGUUGAAAAACUUAUUCAGGUGUUACCAUUUAGUGGGCAAUUGUACGGAAUAUGUACUGUACUGUGCAAUCUACUA